AUGACGUCUCAGCCGCUCAACGGUGACGUCAUAGCCCAUGAUACUUUGUUCAGGAAAGACAGAGCCUACCAUCGAUAUUGUAUCAUUAAAAUUAACCUCGAUUACUUUUUCUUUUCGAGAUUUAAAAUGGAUCUUCAUUGGAAGGAUAUGCGACAUGACACAGAAAUCCAUGACGUCACUGGAAAAGCUCUUCCGGCCAUAUCUGUUUUCUCUUCCUCCAUAAAAUUCUUGACGGAUCAUCUGUUUCAAACCCUUGGAGACAGAGGGCACCCGAUGGAAACAAGCCAGAUAUUAUUUGUUCUAACAGUUCCCGCCAUUUGGACAGAAUCCGCAAAGCAGUUCAUGAGGGAAGCCGCUGUACAGGCUGGUAUACACACAAAUCAGUUAGUGUUAGCACUUGAACCUGAAGCAGCGUCUCUGUAUUGUCAAAGGGUUCCCAGUCAGUUCAUGUCAUGCGGCACAGAUGACAGAAUUAACAGUCCUGGGACCCAAUAUCUCGUGGCUGACAUUGGAGGUGGCACAGCGGAUUUCAGUGUACACGAAGUAAAUGAAGAUGGUACUUUAACAGAAGUCCAUAUGGCAACUGGAGGACCUUACGCCGGAACAAACGUGGAUGAGGAGUAUAUUAAACUUUAUAAUAAAAUUUUUGGAUGGAAGACCAUGCAAAAAUUAAAGGCAAUGGAUAUGGAGGAAUACUUAUCAAUAUCAAGAAACUUUGAAACAAAGAAGCGGCUGGUAUGUGAAGAAUACUCUGAGAGUUUCAACGUAAAAUUAGCUGCAGCGUUAUUUAAAAGGGUUAAGGCUAAACCUAGAAAAAUGAAGAAAAGUAUUGCCGAAUCUGGAAUGAAAGAUCUUAUAUCUAUAGAUGGAGAUAAAAUAAAGUUUUCGCCCUCUGCAAUUAAGAGAUUGUUUUGCACUCCAAUCGAUGGGAUAAUCAGCCAUCUUCAAAAUUUGCUUCAAGAGCACGAGAAGGUGAAAAGUAUUCUGCUUGUUGGAGGUUUCAGUGAAUCAAAGCUUCUACAGGAAGAGAUCAAAAAAGCAAUGGCCGAUAAAACUUUUGUUAUUCCAAAUGAAUGUGGGCUUGCUGUCCUAAAAGGGGCUGUCUUAUAUGGACACAGCCCCUUAUCAAUUACGUCACGAAUAAUGAAAUACACAUAUGGUGUUGCAUCUGACUCAAUCUUCAAAGAAGGAAUACAUCCCAAGGCAAGGAAAUAUAAAGAUGAAAAUGGCGAAUUUAGAUGUAAAAGAUCCUUUAGCAUAUUGAUAUCAAAAGGAACAAAGGUUUCUGCCACUGGAGUUAAAAUAAUUAGAACUUCAGAACCUGUCACCACAACACAAAUGAUGAUAGCAGAGAGAGUCUACUACACAGACAACGAAAAUCCAAUUGUUGUUGAUGAAAAAUGUAAGCUUCUGAAAGGAUAUAAGUUAUCUCUUCCAGAAAAUAAUGGAAAGCCACGUAUUGUUAAAAGCACGUUUACAUUCGGGCUUACUGAAAUGAAAUAUUGUUCAGAGGUAAUUGAAACCGGAGUUCAAAAAGUAGGAACUCUGGAUUUAUUGUGACUCUACCG